GCGUUCGCUCAUUCAUCGCGUGCGUUCCUCGUGUGGAUGGUGUCUUCCUCGCCUUACCGUCCUCAUCACUGUCGUCGUCGUCGUCAGCGAGUCAGGUCGUAUUUUGACUCAACUAACCGAGAGAACCGAGUGGAGGAGACAGCGUUCCGUACGUCUCGUCGGGAAUCCUAGAGUGAGAGAGAGAGUGAGAGGGAUAUAUAUAUCCGAAAACAAUAUGAGAUCAGUCGGCGUAUUCUGUUUGGCGGCACUGUGCCUCGUCUCGACUUGUCACGGCAAGGUUGAGACCGACGAGGGUGUCCUGGUGGUUACGAAGGACAACUUCGACAGCGUCAUCCAGGACAACGAAUACGUGCUCCUCGAGUUCUAUGCUCCAUGGUGCGGACAUUGUAAGGCAUUGGCACCUGAGUAUGCUAAAGCAGCGAAGAAACUAGAGGAAGCCAAGUCGUCAAUCAAACUAGGCAAAGUAGACGCUACUGUUGAAACUCAGCUCGCUGAGAAGCAUGGAGUGAGAGGAUAUCCCACUCUCAAGUUCUACCGCAAAGGAAGUCCGAUCGAGUACACUGGUGGUCGCCAGGUCGAUGACAUUGUCAACUGGCUGAACAAAAAGACUGGACCGGCUGCCAAAGACCUGCCGACAGUCGAUGAAGCCAAGGAGUUUAUCGAGGCGCACAAUGUCGCCAUUGUUGGAUUCUUCAAGGAUGUUGACAGUGAAGCUGCCAAGAUAUUCUUGGAAGUCGGCCACAUCGUGGACGAUCAUGUAUUUGGUAUUACAAGCAGUGAUGAAGUGCUUAAAGAAUACGAAGUUGAAGACGGAAAGAUUGUGUUAUUCAAGAAGUUUGACGAAGGCAAGGCUGUCCACGAUGGAGAAAUUAGCGUCAAAGAUGUGCAGAACUUUAUCACUGUAAACGCGUUGCCUCUGGCUGUCGAAUUCAACCAAGACACAGCACAGAAGAUCUUCAGCGGAGACAUCAAAAGCCACUUGUUAAUUUUCUUGAGCAAAGACGCCGGUCACUACGAAAAGUAUAUCGAUGGAAUUCAAGAGCCGGCGAAGAAAUACCGUGGCAAGGUGCUGUUCGUGACGAUCGACUGCGACGAGUCCGAUCACGAGCGCAUCCUGGAGUUCUUCGGCCUGAAAAAGGAUGAAGUGCCAGCUAUGCGACUCAUCAUGCUCGAACACGACAUGGCCAAGUACAAGCCCGAUAAUCCAGAGAUCAGCGCCGAGAAUAUUAUGGAAUUCGUCACCGCCUUUGUGGAGGGCAAGCUGAAGCGGCACCUGCUCACGCAGGACUUGCCCGAGGAUUGGGACAAGAGCCCGGUCAAGGUCCUCGUCGGCACGAAUUUCCACGAAGUCGCCCACGACAAGGAGAAGGACGUUCUCGUUGAAUUCUACGCACCUUGGUGCGGCCAUUGCCAGCAGCUCGCGCCCAUUUACGAGCAGCUUGGCGAGAAGUACAAGGACAACGACAAGCUGGUCAUCGCAAAGAUGGACGCCACCGCUAACGAGCUGGAGGAUGUGAGGGUCACCAGUUUCCCCACACUUACGCUUUACAAGAAAGAGACGAAUCAGGCUGUGGAAUAUAAUGGUGAAAGGACGCUCGACGGUCUCUCCAAGUUUAUUGAAACUGGCGGAGAGUACGGCCAAGCUGCAGAAGAGGCUCAGGAGGAGGACGAAGACGACGAUGUGCCAAGGAAGGACGAGUUGUAAACGCACAUAAUCAUUAUUGUAAGGAGUAAAAACAACAUUGACUCGCCUCUUGUA